AUAAAGCCGUAGCUAGCUUAGCAGCUGCUCAAUUUUUUUGGAAUGUUUGACUACAGCUGACCGGAGUGUAAUUCAGAGCGGUCCUGAUAAAUUUUAAGCGAAGCCGGAAAUGUAAUGUUGUAAUUACAACGAUCGCUUCUGUUGGUGAAUUAGUUAGCUGUCGGGUGACAAAAAUAAUUUAACUCACCUGGCUAGCAGUCUUGGUUUGGGAGCACAGUAUUUUGAAGUAAGCGAGACGAUACAUGGGCUAUGGGCUAUUGCGAAGGACCUAGGUAGCUACAUACAAAGAACUAACCAUGAGUGCUUUUCACUGCGCUGUGUGCAGACAGACGUUUUUCUCUGGAAAAAAACACAUAUUUGGAAAAAGCCACCAGAGCAAACUUAAAGUUGUCCUCGUAAAAUUUUUGGAAAAGGUGAAAGAAGCACGUCGGACGAUCAAGAGCCCACAGGUCGAGAAAUUUGACUGCACUGAGCAUGAGCGCAACUUUUGGUGCUACUGCUGUGGCUUGGAGGUGCACAAACACGUGUCCAAUGGUAAUAUUACAGUGCUGUUUGGAGGCCUGCUGGAGCACAUGGCCACCCCUCAACACAAAAAGAACACAAAUACAUUUUGGUGGGAGAACAAGGCAGACCCAAGACUGAAAGAGAAGUUUUUGUUCACCCCAGAGGAAAUUGAAAGGUUUAAAACUGAGGUGGCUAAAGCCCUGGAUGCCUUUGAAGAGAAUGAAGAUGUGCUCUUAAAGCAGCAAGCCGCCUACAUCCGAGCUCAAGAGCAACACAGACAGGAAGUCCUGCAGUCCCUUUUUGAGCCUGAGCCAGAGCAGAAUCAGUCUGACGGACAGAGCCGGCUCACGUCACAUGACACGGAAGCCAGCGCUCCCCUCAUUUCUCAGGGGCCCCCGGAUAAGGCCGGUCCCAGCUGGAUUGACCCAGCGGAGGAAAGCCAGGGACCAGGACUCAGGAACGGCCUGACCUUCAUCGGUUAUCAGGACUCUUCGGAUGGUGGAAAUGUUCAUACUGGUGCCGUCCCGCCCUGGCUACAGGAUGACCCCCAGGAGGGUGGCUCGGAAGCGGUGGAGCGAGAGAUCGGCCCGUCCCUACAGGACUUCCUUAAACAGAAGGAGCAGGAGAAGCUGAGGAAGCUGCCGGCCAACCGCGUCGGGGCCAACUUCGACCACAGCUCCCAGACCGACGCCAACUGGCUGCCCUCCUUCGGCCGGGUGUGGAACAGCGGCAGGCGGUGGCAGUCGCGGCACCAGUUCAGAGAGGAGGAAGGGCAGAGGGGCCGGCAGAAGAGGAGGAGGGAGAGCCGGGGAAAAGGGGCCAAGAGGCGACCAGUGCAGGACCAGCCAUGAGCGCACCAGCCGCCACUUCCUGCCGCCACGCCACCCAGGGUGCACUUGUGAAUAUUUUGUUUCUUAGCAAUGCCUGUGAAUAUUGUCCUUUAGGGGCAGGAAGGAAGACUGGACUUGGACACUUGCGUUAUAAAAUGGUUCUGGAGCUUUGUCGGAAGCAGUUGGGUGUAAACGCAUUUAAAACAUUGUGGGGUUUGUUGCUGUGGGUCUACCCUGCCCAGGAUAAGCGGGUAUAGAUAAUGGAUGGAUGGAUGGUGUGGGUCUUUAUUUAUAUUUAUAUUGUUAUUUUUCCACAAGGUCCUUUUUCUGAACAUACCAGUGGAGCCCACACCGAUCCAAAAAAAUCCAGCUAUGGAGGAAUAUUGUUUUAUAUAAAAGGCUUUUUUUCCCCUUUUUUUUAUUCCGCAAUCUGCAAUGCCCAAAUGUAUUUAUCGUUACUCAUUGUCAUGACUUCUGUUAUUGAUUCAGGAGACACCACAGAUGAGCAUGUGCUCUCUUUGGCGCAUGCGAUGACAUUGCUUGGGCCCCAAAACCACAUGACACAAUUAGAUGCUCUAGAUUGUUCUAUAUGAAAUUGAAAGUGUGAUUGCUGCUCUGUGUAGUGUAAAGUGGUGACUUUGAGACUGGACUUCAAAAUUGUAGGACUGGUACUGCCGUAGCAUGUUUGGACAUUGUGCUUUGGGUUCAUUUAUUUAGUAAACCCACAGUAUAACUGCCCUAUAUGUUAACUGCUAGGCCAACAGUGUCUGCUAUUCAGUUAUAUAAUCAUCGACUGAUACGGUUUGCCAAUAAAUAUUGAUGUGGCCUGUGACUACGCUCAGCCUGAAACAAGCCUGUACUGCACCUGAGUUAAUUCAACAUCUCGUUUUUUCAUCAUAUUUAUUAACGAAAUGGCACGUAGUCCAAAUAAAGCUCUUUAUUUCAAAGAGAUAUGAAUUCAACCAGUGUGCAGUAGGGAUUUUAACCACGGACAACACUUGUGUAUCACGCAGCGGUAAAUCGGCCAGGUACUACUUUUUGUCAGUUGGUGCACUGAAACGGUAGAUAGUCAGGCUCCUCUUUUCAUUGGAGCAGCUAGUUUGUAGCGGUCAGUUUGCAGAUGUUUUUGUUUUGUCUAUGUAAUGCUCAUGUGAAAACCAAAAUAACUCCAAACAUUGUUCACCCACUGAGCUUACACCAGAUAUAUCCAGUAAUUUCAUGCAUGUUAAAAGCUAAAUUAAAAGAUGAAUAAAUUAGUAUUAACUAAAAAAACUCUGUCAAUCUUUGAUUACUUCUAGAUUAAACUGACCUGGUGAUUUUAUUAGCCAUCAGACUUUAUAUCAGUUGGUACUGGAUACAUUUUAAACAUAAACAAGCCUUUGAAUUUGGUGCAGCAUCUCAAUUUGGCAUUUGGAAUUUUCAAUUAUUUGAACUUUUUUGUUGAAAACGAACCGAAACCUUAAAUAUUCCCAGUAAAUAUAAACCCUGUAUGUAGGCAUGCUUUCCGUUAACAAUGUUUAUUGUAACUUUGCACAUAAUGUACAUUGUGAUUGGACAGGGGUAAUAAAAAACAAGCAAAAAGCCAA